ACCGAUGUGCACGAGGCGCGUCGUUUUUCUCGGGUCACUCGGCGAUCUCCGUCUACACGGCUUUCUACGCCAUUCUCUACCUUCAGGCGAAACUUGGGCGUUUUGAGCCGACAAAAAUUUUCGUCAGUCUCGUGCAAACGAUUUUACUUGCUUUAUUCUGGGCUCGUCUUUUUGAGCGAACAGCGCAUUUCCGAGAU